AUGGAUGGCAGCUACGACGAGAUCAUCUCCGAUAACCCAUUCUUUGUAGAAUUGAAAACAGAAUACUCAAAUUUAUUUCAACAUUGUAUUACACAAUCUUGGAUAAUAUGUGUGCCAAGAAUUGGAAGUUUAACCACUCGCAUAUUCGCAGUAGAGGAUUUCUGUGCUCAUGUUCUAGUGCCAAGUGACGAAUUACCAGAAACACACUACAGCACUCUUACUGAAAAACAAGUAACGGUGACGAAUAAAGUAAUUACGCUAGAAGUUACCAAAGGACUGCCUCUACACAGCCAUAUACUGUUUGAAGAGACAUUCUACACAGAAGAUUUCAUUAAAUACAAAGUGUGGUGUAUAGAAACUCCACUGGAGCCUAAUGCCACUUUCAGUGAUAAUACAUUAUCCAAGGAAUAUUUGACAUCUAUUAAUGACUGUAUUGACUUACUGUGGACUCAGGCUGCUGGCCGUCAAGUUCUCGACCAAAUUGAACACAGUGUACAAUUGUUUAUAAAAAGAAAUCCAACUCUUCCUGUGGCUGUUGGAGCUCUUAGAGAUAGGGUCAGUGAGCUUUACACUCAGUGCCUUCAGAUAACACUGCAAAACAGAAGACUUAGGGACAAAUCUAAGUCUUGUAAGCAGGUAUUGGAAAAUAUAAAGCUGGCUGUGGAAUGUUACAUGCAGCAUUUACUUUUUGAUGCAUUAUUCAAACCUAUAUGUACUAGCUGUGCCUAUGAAGACUCUCACCUCAACAAGAAAAUUCGGAACAUGUGUGACAUUCAGCUCAGAGACCUUGAUAUAAAAAAAGAACUAUACCAUGCAGUUCCUAAAGCUAAACAAAUACUGUCCAAGAUAGAUACUUACAACACAGUUUUAGAAAAGGUUCUAUGUUUGAAGCAGGCACUAAAUGCUAUCAACAAAAUGGAUAAAGGGAACAAUGUUGUUCUACUUACUGCUGAUGAAUUAUUGCCAGUAUUUGUGUUUCUUGUCAUCAAGUCUGGCUUACCAAACUGGUACAGCCAGUUGACAUACAUGAGAGAGUUUAGAUUCAGUGGAGUAGGCAGAGGGGAUGGUGAUGAAUGUGCCUUCCUUAUAACUACUUUAGAAGCUGUUAUAGAACACAUACAGUCUGGAGCGUUGGCUGGACCCCCAGAUCCUGAAGCAUAUUAUUAUGAGAGUGAACUUACGGAGGAAGUUUUAGAAGCUAGAGGACGUAAAAGUAGUUUAACAGAAUCUAUCUCCACUUCAACUGAUACCAACGGUAGAGAUGAAACCCUAGAAUACAUCUUUGAUCUAAUCAAAGCCAAUCAUUGUGAACAAAUCCAAGCUAUACUAUUGAAAAAUCAAAAACAUAUUAGAAAUGUUGAAGUCAUUGAAAAUAAUGUACUAAAAACUUUAGGUGAGAACUUGUCAGAUGAUGAUGACAGUGAUACAGAAAUAUAUCACAAACUCUGUCAUCCUUUAUGUAAUUGCAAGAAGUGUUGCUGUAAGAUAUCAAGAAACCUGUUAAAGACUUCACCCACUGUGAUAUCAAGAGACAGUCAUGGUUUGACACCUUUACAUGUAGCUUGUAUUCAUGGAAAAGCAAAUAUAGUUGAAUGCCUCAUAGAAAUGAGCUCCGAUGUUAAUGCUACAGAUCUCAAUGAGUGCACUCCAUUGCACUAUGCUUCUGCUAGAGGACACCAAAAUGCUUUACUGUUGUUACUUCAUUCAGGUGCUAACAUAAACCAAGCAAAUAUAGAUAAGAAUAUGCCACUUCACAUGGCAGUAAAUAAUGGUCAUUUAAAUUGUGUCAAAGCACUUAUCUACUUUGCUGAGCACAGUAGGAAGAAAAUUGAAAUUAACUGUGUAAAUGAGAGUGGGAAUACUCCAUUACAUCUGGCAUCGAAAUGGGGUUACGAAGGGAUAGCAAGACUACUAAUAGAAAAUGGUGCAGAACCAUCUUUUCAAAAUAAACACAACAAAACAGCCUUUGACUAUGCACACAACUUGAAAAUUUUACAAGUGCUUAAAUCCUGUACCCCUAAUCUAUAUGAAUAUAUACAUAUAACAAACAGUGAUGUUAAAACAUUGAAAUGCAAUGAUAAUUCUGCAGGUAAAUUACAGAAAGUUGGUUUUAAAAAUAAAGAGACUCAUGUUACUAAAGCUGUUGAAAAUUUAAAAUUAAUUGAGAGAAUACUCAAAGCCAUAUCAUAUGGUGAUGUAAAGCUUGCAUGCUUCUAUAUGAAUAUCAACUAUUCAGUCUAUUUGGAUAUGAAAAACAAGCCAGAUAGUAGUAGCACACUUUGCCAUCCAUUAUGUGAAUGUCAACUUUGUAAGAAAAAAACUGGGACUUAUUCAUCAGACUUUGAUAUUAAUUUCACAGACACUAAUGGGUACACAGCAUUACAUUUUGCUGCAAGAUAUGGGCUAAGUGAAUUGUGCAACAUUUUAUUACUCAAUAAAGCAAAUAUCAACUGUGCAAAUAAGAAAGGGCAAACACCAUUACAUUUAGCAGCUUUGAAUAAUAAAAGCCACGUGAUACGAUUAUUAUUAGAUAACGGCGCUAAUAUCAACGCAAUAGAUCUAGCAGGCAACACGCCCCUCCACGAAGUCAGUGCUAUGGGAAAUAUUGGUGCUGCGAAAAUAUUAAUAACUUACAACCCUGAUAUAUCUAUGCUGAAUGGAGCUGACAAAACUGCUUUAACAUUAGCUAAGGAUAAGGUUCAUUUAACUAUUAUAGAUUUAAUUGAAAAAUAUGCUAAUAAUUACCAAAUACACUGA